AUAAGGAUUUAACGAUUUGAUUAUUUUGAGGUUAGGAUGGUACAUUUAUUUACUUUUAAAAAUUAACAUUUUCAUAUGAUUCUUAUAUACUGUCUCUCAAGAAGAAAUCGUAUAAGAAGUCCUAUUUGUGCUUAACUCUUUUCAAUGUAAUUUUCCAUUAUCAAAGGUAUUUCUGUUUGCCACACCCGAUUUAUUUGGCGUCCGAUAAGAAAAAAAAACCUGAAAUAAUGGAUAAAACGAGUAAAAAUAAAAGUGUAAAAGUGGUUGUUCUGGGAGACAUUGGAAGAAGUCCGAGGAUGCAGUAUCACUGUAUGUCCUUGUCAGAAAUGGGGCACCGAGUGGAUGUAAUUGCUUACGGUGACACCGAGCCCCUUGCCUCAAUCAAAGCAGAUCCUUUCAUAUUUUAUCACUAUUUGCUCCCAGUGCCUCAACUUCCAAUCAAAUUGCUUAAUUACGCAUUUAAAACAGUUAUGCAAGCGAUAAAUCUACUGUUUUUACUUUUUAUCACGACCAAAUCAGAUAUUUUGAUUAUGCAAAAUCCCCCAGCGAUUCCCGCCAUGGUAAUCUGCUGGUUAUAUACAAGAAUUGUAAACGCCAAAUUUGUAAUCGAUUGGCAUAAUUAUGCUCAUACUAUCAUGGCCCUGAAUAUCGGGGAAAGUAAUCCUUUAGUUCAAAUUACAAAAAAAGUUGAAGUUGUUAUAGGCCACAGAGCAGAUCAUAAUUUCUGUGUUACUAAAGCAAUGAAAGACGAUUUGCAAAGAAAUUGGGACAUAAAAGCUACCACUUUAUAUGAUAGGCCUCCAAUAAUUUUUAAGCCAAUUACGUUGGAAGAAAAACACAAAUUUAUACUUGAGUGUGGCAACAAAUAUCAUAAAAUUUUCUUAGAUGAACAUGUAAAUUCAACAGUUUUUACUGAAGAAACAGAAGAAGGAAUUAAAUUAAAAACUAGGAGACCAGGGUUGUUGGUUUCCAGUACUAGUUGGACUGAAGAUGAGGAUUUUUCCAUUUUAUUAACAGCCUUACAAGAGUAUGAAAAACAGUGUGAAGAAGGUAAUCCGCGAAAUUUGCCUAAACUGAUUUGUGUAAUAACAGGAAAAGGGCCGUUAAAGGACUAUUACCUCGACAGAAUUUCCUUACUGACUUGGAAUUAUGUUGCUAUUAUAACUCCAUGGUUAGAUGCUGAAGAUUAUCCAAAAAUUUUAGCUUCUGCAGAUUUGGGAGUCUCUCUUCACACAAGUUCUAGUGGUCUUGACCUACCAAUGAAAGUUGUUGAUAUGUUUGGUUGUGGUUUACCAGUUUGUGCCUUUGAUUUUAAAUGCCUAAAUGAACUAGUGAAGAAUGGUGAAAACAGUUUUAUAUUUAAAUCUUCUGAGGAAUUAUCCAAGCAAAUAUUAGAUUGGUUUGAAAACUUUCCCAAUAAAGCGAACCAAAAGCGAACUGUAGCAAAAUUCAAGACUGAACUUGAAGCAUUCCAAAACCUAAGAUGGAAAGAAAAUUGGGAGGUGGUUGCAUCACCAGUUUUCAAAUAAUUUCACUUUAUAGAAAAAACGUUUAUUGAAAAGUUAAACUAUGAAUAAAUUGCGUUUGUACAUUAAACA